AGAGGGAGGGAGCGAGAGAGAGACAGAGAGGGAGGGAGCGAGAGAGACAGACAGAGAGCGAGAGAGAGGGAGCAAGCGAGACAGAGAGAGAGGGAGGGAGCGAGAGAGAGAGAGACAGACAGACAGACAGACAGAGAGGGAGGGAGAGCGAGAGGCAGAGGGAGAGCCGGCCACACGCAGUGUGAGGGGCGGUGUGAGUGAGGGGCAGCCUGGGUGUGUGUGAGGGUGUGUGUGAGGGUGUGUGUGACGGGUUGGGGGUGGUGGCUGGCGGCUCCCGGCCGGAGCCUGUUCCCGGGAAGCCCCGCUCCCGGUGAUGUACCAGUUUGAGGAGAAGCCCCGGGCGGGGGCCGGGGACGGAGAGGGUCCCCGGGGCAGGGGGCUGCCCCUGAACACCAAGCUGUACCGGAGGCGCUGGGUGAUCGUCUUCUUGUUCAGCUCGUACUCGCUGUGUAACGCGUUCCAGUGGAUCCAGUAUGGGAUCAUCAACAAUAUCAUCAUGAAGUAUUACAGUGUCGCCUCGUUCACCAUUGACUGGCUCUCCAUGAUCUACUUUGUCGCCUACAUCCCCAUCAUCUUCCCCGUCACUUGGCUUCUGGACCGUAAGGGCCUCCGGGUGAUCGCCCUGGUCGGCAGCGGACUGAAUUGCUGUGGCGCCUGGAUCAAGAUCGCCAGCGUUCGGCCGGACCUGUUCGCCGUCACUUUCUUAGGGCAGACCGUGUGUGGUAUCGCCCAGGUUUUCAUCCUGGGAAUGCCGUCCCGGAUCGCCUCCGUCUGGUUCGGGGCCAACGAGGUGUCCACCGCCUGUGCCAUCGCCGUCUUUGGGAACCAGAUGGGAGUUGCACUGGGAUUUCUAAUCCCUCCCAUGAUUGUACCCAAUGUGGAUGAUUUGGAUCAACUGACUUACCAUAUCAACAUCAUGUUUUAUGGCACUGCCGCAGUAGCAACUCUGCUGUUCAUUCUCGUUAUCCUCGUUUUUCAGGAGAAGCCAGAUAUUCCACCGAGCCAAGCACAGGCAGCUAUCCUUGCCAAACCUAUGCUGGAUUAUUCCUACAUCCAAUCAAUACUGCAACUGAUCAGAAAUAUGCCAUUUUUUCUACUUGUUGUUACCUAUGGAAUUAACACAGGUUCCUAUUAUGCAGUUUCAACACUCCUGAACAAGAUGGUGCUGACACAUUACCCAGGUGAAGAACUGAACGCUGGGAGGAUUGGGCUCACUAUUGUGGUUGCUGGAAUGGUUGGUUCCAUUAUCUGCGGAAUCUGGUUGGACAAAACCCGAACAUACAAACAAACAACAUCAGUGGUUUACUUCCUGGCCUUCGCAGGGAUGGUGACUUUCACAUUCACGCUUAACUUGGGUCACCUGUGGGUUGUCUUUCUGACUGCUGGAAUGCUGGGGUUCUUUAUGACAGGCUACUUACCCCUUGGCUUUGAAUUUGGUGCAGAACUUACCUACCCAGAGUCUGAGGGGACGUCUUCCGGCCUGCUUAAUGAAUCUGCACAGGUUUUUGGGAUUACCUUUACCAUUGCACAAGGUAAACUGAUUGAUCACUUUGGGACUGUGGCAGGGAAUAUUUUCAUCUCUGUGUUUCUCUUCAUUGGAACUGUGAUAACAGCUACAAUUAAGGCAGACCUCAGGAGACAGAAGGCGAACAUGCAUGCCUCACCAGACACAAACUUAGGAGCAAAUCACCUUCUCGAUUAUGGAUCAACAGCUGCCACAAUUUCCUCGUUCAUCUUGCCUCGUCGGUUGUUGACGUCACAGCCAUUUGCCAGGAAAGCUGAGGAGGGAGUCUGCAGUUCCAUAAUCUUAAACGAGGCAGCACUAUGAACAAAAUUCCAGCGAACCAUCUAUAUUUGCGGAUACAACCUUGAACGCACAGCCAGCACCAUGAGCCCCACUGAUGAGGAGGACAGGGAUUGUUUUAUACCUGCAGAUUUUCUUUGAAACUGAUUUUGACAAAGCCUAGUAUUUUGAAUAUGUAUCAUGAUCACUUCAUCUGCAUUAGCUAAACCCUUAUGCUGCGGGGAAGCAUUUCCAUAAUAAGACUCCAUGCUGCUCUUUUCCAAAUUGUGGCCUUUAAUAAAAUCUCUCGUCUUCUGAGGGACAUGUACUGGCACACGCACAGCAGGGCUGCUAUUCAUAGACCAUGCUGUCAGAGCCUCACUCACAUGAUUUUGGAAGGAUUCCUUCAUAGCUAUCACUGCUCAGCAUGGCCCUGAAAGAUUUACAGUACUUUGUACUAAAGCAUAAAUAACACCUGCAGGCACCUGGGGAAAAAGACUAUAUUCUGCCUCACAUUUUAUUGAAGACUCUGCAGAAGUAAUAACUGAUAUUUGCUGCUACCUCCAUUUAGAACCUGGACAUACAGCUUGUGCCUGUAGUCAGUGUGUGCUGUAGCUGGUGCUUGUAAUUCAGGCUCUCAUACAGUUUGUGCCUGUAGUUCAGGCCUGUAUAACGUUCAUGCCUGUAGCUUGGGCCUGUCUCCAGUUUGAGCCUAAAGCUUGGGCCUGCGUAUGGUUCGUGCCUGUAGUUCAGGCCUAUGUACAGUUGGUGCCUGUAGCCUGGGCCUGUAUAAGGUUUAUACCUAUAGCUUAGGCCUGUAUAACGUUCAUGCUUGUAGUUUGGGCCUGUCGCUCAAACCUGUGUACAGUUCAUGCCUGUAAUUUAAGUCUAUGUCAUGUUCAGGCCUGCCUAUGGCUUGUGCCUACAGGCUGCAGGUACAGCUGGUGCCUGGAGUCCACAUCUGGGUGUACUGUAUGGAGAGGCAGAUCUGUAAGCUGCUUUUGGCAUUGCAACACGGAGUAAACCCAAUUAUCAUGUAUCUUCUUCAAUGCACUUUUGAAAUAAAUACAAAGCCUGCUAAAAAGGUCUCAACAAAAAAAAUGUGUUAAGUAAGGACAGGUUGACCGUGUGUGCUGCACCAUCCUGUCAUUCUCUGAAGCCAGCACAACAGGAAUGCUAAGAUGAUUUAGCUUCCUGAUGCUCCCAUAUUUUUGUAUUUCUGGACAACUACUUCUGCUUUAAUGAAUGAACCAUCACUGUUUGUCAGCUGCAUUAUUCGGAAAGUCCCCUGGGAAUUGUAAUUACUGUUUGAUACAGCUCUGUAAUGAACCCGAUUACUGCUCUUUGGACAGAGCUGAGGGUGCUGGACAACUCUAGCAGGUUCUGUACUGGUUUGACUUGCCUGUAUUCUAACUUUUAGUAAGAAAACUGAGAUUUUAUUCAGCAACAUUUGGAAAAUAGCAGCACAAUUUUCAAGAUCAGUUGAUGGUAUUUCAAAUUGAAAAAUGAGAUAAGGUUAAGAAUUAUAAAUAAAAUUUUAGUUGUAAUGG